UUUGCUUGAAUCGCCGAUGCAUCAUUCGGCCGCGUUGCACCAAUUGUAGUUCAUGUUCGAAUACAACCACAUGUAUAAAAUAGAAACUUCAAACACUACUAGAAUUUCAAAUUUACAGCGAGUACAUGCGUUGUAUAACCUCAGUAUGUAAUAAAGUACAAUUUUGGAUUUAAUAAGUUUGUAAAUAAAAUGUACACGUGCAAAGUUUGUAAAAGCACCGAUUUUUAUAAAGAAGCUGGUUAUUUUUUCUGUCAAACAUGUCAAACUCAAAACGAGAAUAUUCGUGAAGAGGUCUUUGAAUUGCGUGUAGAUAAUACAACAAGGUUACGAAGAACGAGAAUUAGACAAUUAAAAUCUGAUGCAUCAGGAGAAGAAUUGGGAUGGACCUCGUGGGAAGUGUAUAAUUUUGUACUCAUUGGAUUAACAAAUGAACUUAUAGAACUUGGAGUUACACCUGAUAUAAAAAUGACAAUAUUACAAUUAUGGGCAACAUAUUUAGGAAAACUAGAGGUUGCAUUUAUUUCGACAAAACAUAAAAGUAUUCCAAAAUUGGCCAGAAGAUAUAACAGAAGGGAUGCUGCAAUUAUUUAUGGUAAAGUCAAAACACAAAAAAGGUCUAAAAGGCGUAGAAGAAGUGGAAGUAGUACAAAUACUUCUAUAUCAGGUUUUCAGAGCGAAGGUAGUUCUGCUAAAGAAUUAAGUAGAAAUAAGAAACUUUUGGUAGCUGCAGAUUAUGAUAGAUAUCUUCAGUCUCAAGCUAGUUCUGAAAUGGACGAUACAAAUACAGUUAGUCAAAGUAUGUACAGUGAUCAAACUGGUUCUAUUAAGUCUUCAGAUAAUGGUGCGAGAGUGAGGUUCAGUUCUCAUGCUCAAAAGGAAGCUAAAAAGAUUAAAAGAUUAUCUAAAAAUAUACCUAAGUAUAAAAGAUCUAAAUAUAAAGCAUCACACAUAAGUACUCAAUAUAAAGUGGGACCACAUAUAAUUACUCCAAUGAAAUUAUGGGCAAUUAUAUAUCUGGCUCUAAGAGUUCAUCAUCAGCCCAUACAACUGGGAGAUAUGCUAAGGUAUGGGAGAGAAGGUCAUUUAUCUUACUAUAAAUUAGAUCAUUUAUUACCACCAGAAGUAAAUUCAACUAAAAUUGAAAAACAUUUUUUGUCACAAACCGUCGAAAUUACGCAUAAAGGUAUGAGACGAAUUAUUGCAACUAUGGCAAAAUUUCUUGAUGUGUGGAAUUUAACUUGCCCAGAUUUUUUACCUUUAGUUAAUCGAUAUUGUCAGGAAUUAGCAUUACCAAGAGGCAUUCAGCUAUACACAGAAAGAUUAAUAGCUUUAGCACCACCUAAAAUGAUAUUUAAUUCCAAAAAGUCAUAUAUUCCGAACUAUGAAGGCCGUGCAAUAGCAUUUAUUAUUGUAGUAUUAAAAACCUUGUUUGCCUUAGAUGGUAUAACUGAAUAUCAAAUUAGCAGAAUUGCAGAAAAGAUCAAUAGCGCUGCUUUUAAUCAAAAUUCGUUCAAUGACAAACUAUUCAGCUUUAAUGAGUGGCAGAGAUACAUUGAAUGUAGGAAAACGAUUUUAGCGCACGCACAUUUUCCAACCAAAAUGAAAUAUAGCCUGGAGUCAGUUGGAAUUAACGAUUCGUAUGUAAAAUUUUUAGAGCAUAUAUCCUCUAAAACGGAUAAAAAAGAACCAGAUGCAAAAAAUUCCAAACAUUUUUUACCCGAUGAUCUUAUUAGUGCCAUGACAAAACAUAUAACUAACUUAAGUAUUAAUGAUUUGUCGCCCAAAACAAUAGAAAUAUUUCCACCAUCUUUAACACCACUUCAUUCGUACUUUCAACAGUUGCUGGAUCAUCCGUAUUACGAUAUUCCUAAUAUAGCACGAAGUGACUUUUUCCUUGCAAAAGUUGGAUACACGACAAAGCCUAAUUUGCUCAUAGAACUGGCAGACCAGUACAACAUUAGAUUAGAAGUUGUUGAUUCCAAUUUACAUUUCCUGGAGAAAUAUGUUCCUCCGUUUGAACAACCCAAAAUGCCAAGUAUAAAAGAAUUGCAACAACUCGUUGACAUACAGGAUGAUUCAAAGUCUAAACGCGUGAACGAAUACGAAAAUCUAAAUGCCAAUGAAAGUCUAAACGACUACUUACAUGCUAAAUUGCCAUGUAAAAUGAAAUUUGAUGUCGCUAAACAUCAGUAUUAUGACAAGAGCAAAAGUACGAUGAAACAUUUUAACGAUAUUGAUGUGAAAAAUGAUUUUAUAUUUAUGGAAACAUUACCAAAUGGCAAAUUAGCAAUUCCUACUAAUAACGAUUCCGAAGAUAAAAACGAAGAAGAAAACACGUCAAGACAAGAAAAUAUGUUACUAAAAACCGCAUUCUGUGAUAAAUAUAAUUUACAAUUGUCGCUUGCAGAAAAAGAGUCUGUAAAUAAUUUAGAUACGACGACAAUGGCACAUUUUAGGAAACAAAAGUCCAAAAUGGCCCGAAAUACUAAGGGGCAGUUUAUUAAAGACAGUAUUGAAAAAGUUAACAAAAGUGGCGAGCAUGUAGGUUUAGGUAAUAGUGCCCAAUUAAACACGACUGAUGAGAGACAUUCAAAUUUUGAUGACAUCGAUGCCAUUACAAAAGUUGAAACUGUUUUUUCGAAUGUACCUGAUUCGUACGAUGCAAAUGAUAUCUCAACGUCUUAUGGAAAUACUGAUGUCUCAACAUUAGUUACAAGCAAGGAAAACAAUACUAAUGUGGAACGAUUUUUCAGACCUUUUAAAGAAUACUGGAUGUAUCAUUGUAUUUUCAGUCGCGUCAAACCAAAGAACUUUGCAGUAUUUGAAAGAGCACUGCCAAGAACAUUUCGUUGGUUAUUAAAUGAAUGUGCCCUUACUGUAGAAAUGUCGACGGAAGAUCUUUACGAAGAAGUGUGUCUGAUAGAAGCAUAUCAUACGCACGUAUUAAAAUCUUGUAACUCUGAAAAUGUUCAAUAUAGCGAACCAAUUUCUAAAAAUCAAUUGAAUUUAAUUUUAAGUAAAUGGUAAAAAACAGUUGUUUGAUAAUUCUCGAUUAUGUAUUGUAACGUAAUAAACAUUUUUUAUAUCG